GGUGCUUAAAUCCCAUGGGGUUCACGGGCGCUUUUGUCCCUCUCUUCAUGGCAGUCUUUUCCCUGCUCCCGACUCAGGCGGAGGAGCGGCUGGUGAGAGGCUGCCUCAGCCCGAGAGCUAUGGGGAAGUGGCCCACACCACGGGAGAACGGAACGUUCCCCUGCACACGUGUGUGGUAUGAGUGAGAAUGGGGUAAAUCUGGGGCUUAGCCAAUAUGAUCAUCGGUGCUGCCUCUAGCCAGGGCAGGAGGGCGCGAGCCAGAUGACAAAGGGAGCAUUUCCUGGGCGUGUUGAGGCGGAACAGGAGCUCUUGGUGCCCUUGUGCUUGGCCGCCGCCGCGCCAGAUUGGGUCGAGCUGAGCAGUGUGAGUGGUCGGGGUGGGUCCUGCGGGAGCCUGGUCGGUGUCAAUGCUGCAAAGGGCUCAGCCGAACCCUCUUCUGCCGCUGUCCUCCGGGGACGCCGACAGACCUUUGGCCCUGGGUGCGAGUUGUCCCUUCUCAGUGUCUUUCUGCCCCUGCCAGGAUGCGCCAACCUCAGGAGAGCUGGAGCAGUUCGCCAAGGACCUCAAGCAUAAGCGCAUCAUGCUGGGCUUCACCCAGGCUGACGUGGGGCUGGCACUGGGCACACUCUACGGGAAGAUGUUCAGCCAGACGACCAUCUGCCGCUUCGAAGCACUCCAGCUCAGCUUCAAGAACAUGUGCAAGCUAAAGCCGCUGCUGCAGCGUUGGCUCAACGAGGCGGAGAACACGGACAACAUGCAAGAGAUGUGCAAUGCAGAGCAAGUACUGGCCCAAGCCCGGAAGAGAAAACGCAGGACCAGCAUUGAGACCAACGUGAAAGGGACACUGGAGAACUUCUUCCGCAAGUGCGUGAAGCCCAGUCCCCAGGAGAUCUCCCAGAUCGCCGAGGACCUCAACCUGGAUAAAGAUGUGGUCCGGGUCUGGUUCUGCAACCGGCGUCAGAAAGGCAAACGGCUGCUGCUGCCCUACAGCAGCGAGGCAGAGGGGAUGAUGUAUGACAUGAACCAGUCCCUGGUGCCCUCCACUCUGCCCAUCCCAGUCACAUCCCAGGGCUACAGCCUGGCACCCUCCCCUCCUGUCUACAUGCCAACCUUCCACAAAGCCGAGAUGUUCCCUCAAGCGCUGCAGCCUGGGCUCUCCAUGAGUAACAGUGGCCACUGAACCACGGGCUGUGGGCUCACUGCAGGUGGGCUGGUGCUCUGUGGCAGCCCCCUUUGCCCUGGGCUCACACAGGCACAGCCCUGCUUCUGCUUGCUGGGCAGAUGUGUGGGGCUUUUGAGGUGCAAUUGGCUAGAAGCCUGGCCCAGGGGUGGUGCCUGCUCUCUGCAGAUGCUCCCAGCAUCUGUUCUGUUACAUGAGCUUACUGGUCCCAGCAGUAUUGGCCCCCUCUGACCUCUCCUGGGGGCAGGCCCCACUGCACCCUCUGAAGCCACAUGCACCCAGAGCUCUUGAGCCCAUGCCUGGCCCCAGCCCAGCCGCUCUCCUGCAAGAUGCAGAAAAAAGUAUUUUUUAG